AGCCCCCCUCCCUCCCGAGCUGCCGCUAGAGUCCCUGUCCCCCCACCCCCGCAGGAGCCGGGCAGGGGAGCGGCCCAGGGGUUCCCGUUCAUCCGGGCAGCGAGGAGGGGCGGCGCAGCGCAGCUUGCGCGCUGCUGAUGAAAUCCCCUCGCCCGCGGCUGUAGGACGCCCGGCGCAGCGCAAUAUUCAGCAGGGCGAAGCGCUCCAUGGCAGAGCCGCGCUGAGCUGCCCGAGCCCAGCGCCAUCGCCGAUCGCAGAGCCGCCGCCAUGGACGCGUUCAUGAAGGGCUUGUCCAAGGCCAAGGAGGGGGUGGUCGCCGCGGCGGAGAAGACCAAGCAGGGGGUGGCGGAGGCUGCGGAGAAGACCAAGGAGGGGGUGCUGUACGUGGGAAGCAAAACCCAAGGCGUGGUGCAAGGCGUCACCUCAGUGGCUGAGAAGACCAAGGAGCAGGCGUCCCAGCUGGGGGGGGCCGUCAUCUCAGGGGCUGGGAACAUCGCGGCCGCCACCGGCCUGGUCAAGAAGGAGGAGUUCCCCACUGACCUGAAG